CUUGGAUUGGGUGAAAUGGCGGCGCAGCGUCGAGAUUCCAUUGCCGACAAGAGCACGCGGGACGAUGGCGUCAACGCUGCUGCUGCCGCUGACGCUUCCACCGAAGACGGCUGCGCGUGCCAAGCGGCCGCUGGGGAAGCUGCCAGCGACGAAGGCGGCGCCCACCAAGCGGCCGCUGGCGUCGUCCAAGAAGUACGGUGGCCCGCGCCUCAUCACGGCCGCUGGGAAGAACGUGUGUCUCCUGUGCCGCAGCGCCCGGCGCCAUAAGAAACGAUGCCCGACGCAGAUGGAGCGCGUGAGGAGCGACUACAUCAUGGACGUACCCGAGGUGGCCGUCGCCACAGCGCCACCCAUAACGACCUGCGCUACCAAGACGACCGACGACGAUAAUGACGCGUAUAGCAGCGUGGGCACCGAGAGCGAAACGCGGCUGUUCCACCACUUUCUGCCGCGCUGCCCGGCCGACGACUUUGGCGCGAUGGCCACGCAGUGGAACACGCUGCUUCGCGCGUGGCGCUUGUCCGACUGUGUCGAGAUCGAGGUGACGACGGGCUGUAUCACACUGGCCGACGUCAUGUUCAAAACGCCCCAGCACCUCGCGACGUACGCGCGGAGCGUGGCGCCAGUGCCCACCGCAAAGCCUCGCCGUCGCCGUCGCGAAGACAACGAUGACAGUAGCCCCAACGCUGCGAGCAAACGACAGUACCUGCCGUGUCCCCACUGCGGACACAAGACCCGGCGCCACUAUGGCGACGUCGGCGACAAGUGCGCGCUCUUUGUCUACUACAAGCUCCGGAGCUUUGGCGCGACCUCGUAUACGUUUGACCAGGCGAUCCUCGACUUUGAGCAUUUUCAAAAGCCUUUGACGCUACCUCAGCAGCGCAAUGGCAGCUACAUUGUGUAAAGCGAGAUCAAUACGACGCUAUCGAUGGGGGAUGCAGUUCAUCGAGCCUAGGGUUAGCGACAGACCCUAAACCUAUAUAGCGAUAAGACCCCUUCCAUCGCCACG